UACAACUCUCACCACCAUCACAAAGCAAUUAUCAACAUGGUGAUCAGUGUGGGAUUGAUGAAAACCUUGGCUUUUGCCUUUGUUGGUCAAUUGAUUCCUGCAUCCAUAUUUGUACCUUUGCAAACGGAGAGGUAUUAUGAUUUGUGUGGUUCAUUGGGAUUUUUAACCACUACUUUAUUCUCACUUUAUCGGGCACCUUCUCGACCAACACUCACUAAUCAAUCAGGAUCAGAUGCAGCGAGCACCGCUUUUGGAUUCAUCAAGUCAAAAUUGUCAAGCUUACUCAUCAACGUUUCAUCGGCGAACAGUGCACACGAUUUAUACCAACGUGUAGACACUUCAUCCCUCUGGCUUCAACGACAUCCACGUCAAUGGAUCGCAUCAGCAUGUGUCUUGUUUUGGGGCGUAAGGUUAGGUUCUUUCUUGUUCCAACGUAUUCGUCAACAAGGACGUGAUGCAAGAUUUGAUGAAAUCAAAACCAAUCCUAUCACAUUCUCAUUUGCAUGGUUCAUGCAAGCCGUUUGGAUUUCCUUGACUGCUUUGCCUGUUUAUAUGAUCAACGCUUUACCUGCUAAUUUACAACCUGAAUUAGGUGCAACGGAUGCACUGGCUCUUACGAUUUGGACGUCUGGCUUAUUGUUCGAAAUCGUUGCUGAUCGUCAAAAAUCUCAAUGGAGAAAAGAGAAAGAAGAAAAGAAACAUGAAGAACAAUUCAUUUCAUCCGGCGUUUGGAGUUGGAGUAGACAUCCAAAUUACUUCGGCGAGAUUACACUUUGGACCGGAUUGGCAACUUUGGCUUCUUUGACUUUUUCACAUCAACCCGUACGUACUUAUUUGGGUGGCACGUAUGCAAACCUUGCCAUCAUUGCACCCAUCUUGAGUCCUUUGUUCGAAUAUGCUCUCAUUCGUUAUCUAUCAGGCGUGCCAAUCUUGGAGAGAAAUAUGGACAAAAAGAUGAAGGGCGACAAAAAGUAUGCCAAAUACAAGGCAAACGUGCCAUGCUUCGUACCUUUUAUCGGAAGUAAAGAUUAGACAAUGUACACUAUAUGUAGUAUAAUGCAAUGCAAACGUCUUGAUCAUUCAGGUCACAG